CUGUUUCCUGACCUGGUUUGGUAUGACCUGAACUCCAUGGUGUCACCUCAACUCUGUAUUCUUAAAGACAUUUCACAUAAAUGUUGUAUUAUCUACGGAUUGGCUUCUCUUUAAUCGCAUCACCAGGAGCUGCAGAAAGGAUAUCAGUAUGUUAACACUCUGAAGACAUCAUAGACUAACUUUUCGUAUUGACAGUGCCAGAGAUAUUCAGAAUGGGAGAACAUACUUGCAGUUCUGGCCAAGUUCCCACUAAAAUUUGCACAGUUGCUGACAAUGUUGCCUUUUAUCUGCAUAAAACCUCACAUAAUUUUAUAAUUGUUUUUUACAUUCUGAAUUGGAAACUGUGGGAGUGAGUAUGGCACCAGCUACUUGACAGAGAAUUGAUUUAGGACACCAAUAUAAGGGGCACUAUCUGAGAGUCUUGACUGUCUUUUCAGACUUCUUAUGCUCAUUUGAGUUUGUUUUUGCUUUUGUUUGUUUGUUUUACUUUAUCCUGACAGGAAGGACUGAUUAAAAAAAAUAAAUUAUCAGGUGUUUUAGUGAUGUUCUGUCUAUACUUGUCUCAAGGAUAUGGAAUACACAUAAUAGGAAAACUGCAUUUUUCCCAGAGGGAAUCCAUGUGUAAUAAUGAAUACAUAUUCUGUAGCAUUUGAAGUUCUCAUUAUGCCUCCUGUAUUAUUGCUCUUUCCAUCUCCAUUUCUCCAGAUAGUUUCUGUGUUUUGAAUAUAUGGUAGAAAUAAUUGUGCCAAAAGUUUACUUAAUUUUCUAACAUAAGCCAGAAAGGAAUUUGCCUUUUUCCAGUCUUUCAACACCUACUGAAUGAGUUCGGAACGUGCUAAUGCUCACCCAGUAGAGUGUAUGGUCUGGUUUACCAUACCUUCAUUACCAUCUUUCUGAGUUGAGUUUUCCAUGAAAGACUGGCUAUUUAUAGCUCUGUUACUUGUUUGAUAGCAUACCACUAGUAUUCUUUAAACAUCUGCUAUUGACCUGAUUUUACUCAUGAUCCAAGUGCAGGAGUUUAAGGGAAGAAGUCUUGGUCUCAAGGAGCCUUUCUGACAUAGGGUCUGGUCACUUCAAACUUUUUGCUUUGGGGUCUCAUGUUCUAAACAGCAUUAACGAUUUCCAACCUAGCUUCUGUGUCAGGGUUCAUUGACUGCUAUUUAUUACAUGGUUUAAAAAAAAAAGUAUUUUUCUGUAUAUAUGCAUGAAUAGUCUCUUGAGGUACCCUUGAACUACAUAAUGGCAGAAUGACUGUGAUUGUAUAUGCUUCAUUUUCAGGUAUCUUGUUGAAGCAUGGAAUUUGUAUGGAAACGAAGGAGGUAUCUUCAGCUGGGCUAUAUAUUGGUAGUGAAUUUGGUUUAUGCCAAUCUAGACUAUCAAAAAGAAACUCCGCCAAGCCUGGGUGAGAUUGACCAUCAGUGCUGGGAGGUAUCAUCCCAUGGGUUGGUGGAGAUGAAGAAACUCAAGGUAGCAGAUACAGUCAUCGCUCUCUGGGACUUCAUGAUGUUCCUAAAGGAAUCCCCUAAGCCCAAGCACAAUGAACUCUUCAAUGAUUUAGCCCAGAACUUCUGGGAUAUGUAUGUAGACUGUGUGCUCUCAAGAUCCCAUGGAAUGGGCAGAAGGCAAUUAACAUCUCCCAAAUAUUCUUCCACAUACUCACACAGAACUUUAGAAGGGUCUGCUUUCACCAACCGAUUUUAGGCCGAAAGGGGAGAAAAUUAAGAUACCUCAGCAAGGCAACAUCAAAAUGAAGGAGCACAAAAACACAGCAUAUAUUGUAGAUGCUUAGACAAAUCCUUUGGCAUGGUUAAAUUUUUUUUUUCUUUUCCUUGUAGAAAGUUCUUAAUCACUGCUAAACUGAUAAGUAUAUGAGCCCCUACAUUGUCACUUUUGCUUUCCUGUCUUGCAAUCGACCAAUCUUGCCUUUUCCACACUGCAUGGUCUGAAUGAUUUUGUGUUUUGAACUUUGUUUUACCUUUGUUCUCUCAGGUAAGAUUGUAAGUCAAGUCUGCAUGUGUCAUAUUUUUGUAGUCUUGUCUUUUCCAAUAAUUCUCUUUUUAAAAAGUUAAUUUUGAUGGAAACUGAGUAUAUUUUUAUACAUUAAGCAAUGGAGAAAAUGUCAACAAACAUAUUUUAUACAGUGUCUGGCAGAUACUAUUUACUUCUAAGAACUGAAAAAACAGAAGUGUGACAUCAAGCUAACGAGAAGGAUUAUGCUCAUUGUAAUGUCCUGUGCAGUCUAAACUUUGUAUUUUAUCACUGCUUAUUCUAAGCUAUGGAUUAAUUAAAAUAUUUUUCUAAGUA